UUAUGACAUGUCUUGUAUUGUAAUGACAUGUCAAGAAAAUGUCAGUCAGUAAUUAUUGUAUUUGGUGGUUUAUUCAGCAGAAAUAUUAUCCGAAUCUCGAUUGAAAACUCGAGUUUAAUAUGUAUUAAACAAACCAAUUAAGUUCGUGUCACUUUCUUAACUCUGUACAUUACGUUCAUGUUUAGAAUGACAACAGCUGUAAAAAAAUCCUAACCUCCAAAGUUAUACCACUGGAACUUUUGGGGAACCGAAGAUGACAUGGAGGACAACCCUGCUCCUAGUAAGAAAACUCCAUCUUGGCAGAAUUGUAUUCACUGUCCUAGUUUAUUAUUCUCCACGGCCACGGAAUUUGAAAGGCAUAUCCAGGAUAAACACAGUAUUAAAGAAGGAUCCAUAAUAUUAUGUCAAUAUGGACAGAAUGGAAUAUGCUCCGCUUUGCAAUUUGGAGAUUUGAGAAAAGCCGGUUUCAAAUACCAUGUGAGAGAAUACCAUUUGUAUUCCACAGAUAAGUCUGAAGACUGGACCUUUUAUUCCUCAUCACAGAAUCUACCAGCAGUAUUAAAUGAUCCUAAAAAAGGGAAACAAGCAAAUUUUUUCACAAAGACAUGGGGUGAUCAUUUUGUUGAAAAAACUGAAGUUUACCCUAGCCCUUACUUACCAGACAUCACAUUAUCUCAUUUUGAAUCAUAUUGUAAGAAAAUAUCGAAGAGAUUCCGAAGGCACUGCAGGUUCAAAGAAAAUGUACCUGUUAAGACAAAGCCUCCAGUUGUAGAAAAUGAAUGUGAAGUACCAGAUAUAUUUUAUGAGCAAGCCCUAGCUCUGAAUGACCCAAAAGUGUUUAGUCAAGUUUUUCCAAAUCUGUGCAAUUACCUCUAUUCUAGUGCUGAAAUUAGGUCUUUACAAGAAACUUUAAGUACAUACCUUGAUGUUAUUGAAAUGAAGAUAUCCAAGCAGGUCGCACAGAAAUCUGAUGCAUUUUUUCAUGCCAUGUUAUCACAUGAUACUAUUAUGGAGCAAAUGGCGAGAGCUGUUAAAACCGUUCGUCGUACACGUCAAAACAUUACUGAGGUAAAGGAGAAUUUGACUGCUAGUCCUUUAAAAUUAGUGAGUCUCACAAAGACCCACAAAAAUCUUAGCAAUGUACAGGAGCUUAUGAAACUGAUGGCUACCGUACAGCAGACUCAACCUAUGAUUCAACUACUUUUGAGCACUUCAGAUUAUGUGGCUGCUCUAGACCUGAUCAGUUCUACACAGAAGGUUUUGUCCACUCGUUUAUCUGGCAUACAAGCAUUUAGACAUUUGUCUCCUCAACUAACUGAAAUGAAAAGAUUGAUUCAUAAAAUGUUAAGCAAUGAAUUCCAACGGUUCCUAGUAACAGAUCUAAAUAGACCAUCACAUGAUGAAUUGGAGGUUCCAGAAAGAGACAAAGUAGUGUCUAUAGUAUCAGGUAUCCUAAGAUUGAAAGAAUUUGACUUCUUAGAUACUUUCAAAGCAGAAGCAAUGACUUCUAUUCAAGCUACGAUCAAACAAGCGGUUAUAGAAAUUGUAGCAGAAAGAGAUGGCAACACUGAAAUUGUUUUAAGAGGAUCCAAUGCAGACAAUGCAUGGCUUUUGUGCAAUGAAGGAAUAACAUUUUUAGAAAAAGUAACACCAAAUCUUAUCACUUUAUUCAAAAGAUUAUUGUCAUUAAAUAAUUUAAUUCUUGAUAUAAGCCAGAUGGAGGAUGUGACUGGUAAUGAGAGUGAAGAAACAUGGACACCUGAAGAAUUAGCAAAUGUAGAAGAGAAAUUGAAAAAGAUAGUGGUUUCCCUGUCUGAUUAUUGUAAUGAACGCUGUGCAAAUCUCAUUGUAACCAGAACAGACAAAGACUAUGUAUUCUCAGAUUUAUCACAACUAUCAGUAUUGUCACAGUUGAUUGACCAAUUUUCCAUUGAAUGUGAGAAAAUAACAGGACAUAACAGCAAUGCGAUGAAACUAGCAUUAAGAAGUUUUGCUAUGAAAUACAUACAGAACUUACAUGCAGAAAAAAGAUCGCAAUUGACUGCCAGUCUCAACUUUGAGAGGUGGAAACCUGCUGAAGUUCCACACGAUUUGCAAAGUAUAGUUGAUAAGAUUUGUGAGCAAGGGGAAAUACCUUCUAGUCUACAGUGUGAUAUUGGAAAAUCUGAAGGCAAACACUUAAUAAUCAAUAAAGAAAAUUAUUCAGUUGUUGCAACAGUUCAGCUUCUCAUGAAAAUUCUGCUAGAGUAUUGUGAUGCAACUAAGCAAUCUCCAGUCAUAGUGCAAUAUUUAGUUCACUGCAUGCUGGAACUAAUAAGAUUAUUCAAUUCUCGCUGUUGUCAGCUGGUGUUAGGUGCUGGGGCAAUACAGAGUGCCGGUUUGAAGACGAUAUCGACUUCCAAUCUAGCUUUAGUGUCCAGAUCUCUGCAGGUCAUUCUGUGGCUCCUCCCAUUAAUAAAGCAUCAUUUAGAAAAGUUACAUGCUCACGAACUGUCUUUGAAUGGCUUUAGUAACAUUGAAAGUGAUAUACUUAGUCAUAAGAAAGAGAUAGAAAAUAAGAUUUGCCUAAUAGUGAGUAACAUGUUGAUAUCUCAGCUGACAGGCUGGGAUGCCAAGCCCCCUGUUCCAUCUCAGACAUUCCGGAAUAUUUCCAAACAUUUAGUUAAAUUACAUGAAGCAUUAAUUGAUAUUUUACCUAUUGAACAAAUACGCACCAUUUACAAAAGAGUACAUGAUAAUUUUAAGGAUAAGUUAAGAGAUCAGUUGGCGAAGAUGAAUAUUGUGGCCAAUGGCAGCCCGCAGCAUGGUGUGGUUACUUCAGAACUAACAUUCUAUUUGCAAACACUUAAAACUCUCAGAGUUGUAAACGAAAAUGAUACUGAGGAUAAUAUACUGUAUGAUAUUUGGUUAAAUUAACUGUACUUAUUGUAAGUAUUAAAUAUUUCAAUACAAAAAUAUGCAUACUUGUAAAAAAAUAAAACUGUAUUGCAUUUUGUUGAGAUAUUAUAUUUUGUUGAUUCUGUCAUUAAGUAUUUGUAUAUUUAAGGUGAUUAUUGUAUCGAUAUUUUGUAAUUAUUGUUAAUUGGUAUAAAAAUAUUUAAGUAUUACAAGACUUCAGACUAACUUUCAUGUUCCUUCAAGCAUUAUAGUAUCAUAUAAUAUUUUUUUAUUUAUUUUGAUUCAUUAAUCCAUGUUUUGGUGUGGGAAGUAUUCUGUAUUGAUGGGGGGUAUGACUAAGAUGUAUAUAUCGCAUCAAGGGAUCAAAUAGUCGACGAGGCUGUAUACUAAUUUAUAAAAAUAAUGUGCUGGUUCUACUUUGUAGUGUCUAAAAUUUUUUUCCUAAAAUUGUAACAGUGACCGCUCUAUAUUGCUAUUUCUCUUUUCUCCUUAAACCAGAGAGAGAUAGACAUAUAUAAAACAUAUUUUAGACAUAUUUAAGAUAAUAAAUCGCUUAUAAAGGUUGUUGUACAAACAAAAAUAAAUUAACGGCAUCUUUCGUACCUACAUAUUCUAUGUGCUAAGUUCAUAAAUAUAAUUCGAUGAAAAAUAAUAUGUAGUUAUAAUGCCAAAGAUUUUUCUUGUAUAAAAAGUAUUGGAUGCUGGUCUCCCUUCCAAAAUUUGGAGGUGCUAAACAUUUUUCUAUCGAUUAUGUUGCCUUUCCCUGUGAUUGUUUUAUAUUUGAAGAUAUAGUACAUUGUAAUAAAAAUAAAAUUGACGAAUAUGAUUUUUUAAGC